AUGCCCGGCUUCGACUUCUCCAACUACAACCGCAAUGCGGCUCUCCACGCCAGAGGAGCUGCUUUACCCAAGGCAACCAGCACAGGUACGACUAUUGUUGGUUGUAUUUAUGAUAAAGGUGUUGUAAUUGCCGCCGAUACGCGUGCUACCAGUGGACCUAUUGUUGCCGAUAAAAACUGUGAAAAGCUUCACUACAUCUCGCCCCAGAUUUGGUGUGCCGGUGCUGGUACGGCAGCAGACACGGAGUUCACCACCGCUCUCAUCAGCUCCAACAUCGAACUACACUCGCUGUCGACUAGCCGACCACCUCGCGUCGCAACCUGCAUGACUAUGCUCAAGCAACAUCUCUUCAGGUACCAGGGGCAUAUCGGAGCAUAUCUCGUGGUGGCUGGAGUAGACCCGACAGGCACACAUCUCUUCACAGUGCACGCGCACGGUUCCACGGACAAACUGCCAUACGUGACCAUGGGAUCGGGAUCGCUGGCGGCCAUGUCGGUCUUUGAGUCGAUGUGGAAGCCGAAUCUCGACAGAGAGGGCGCUAUUAACCUGUGCGCAGAGGCAAUUCUGGCCGGUAUCUUCAACGAUCUCGGCUCCGGUAGUAACGUCGAUGUCUGCGUCAUCGAAAAGGACCAGCCUUCUCAGCUGUUGCGCAAUUACAUCAAACCAAACGAGCGUGGCCAGAAGCAGCGCGACUAUAAAUUCCCCAGAGGUACCACGUCCUGGCUCAAGGAGAAGAUCAUCACAAAGGAGGAUAUUGGCAAAUAUGUUACGGUGCAAGAACUGCACAGCGACGAAGACGUCGUUGUGGUUGAGAAGAUGGAGGUUGACUAA